ACCGGGAGCACCGGGAGCACCGGGAGCCGCCGCCCCGCCCGCCCGCCGGGACCGCCGCAGGUCUCCAGAGCUGGCCAGGAUGGCGCAGUGGAACCAGCUACAGCAGCUCGACACGCGGUACCUGGAGCAGCUCCACCAGCUCUACAGCGACAGCUUCCCCAUGGAGCUCCGGCAGUUCCUGGCCCCGUGGAUUGAGAGCCAGGACUGGGCAUAUGCAGCCAGCAAGGAGUCGCACGCCACGCUGGUGUUCCAUAACCUGCUGGGGGAGAUCGACCAGCAGUACAGCCGCUUCCUGCAGGAGUCCAACGUCCUCUACCAGCACAACCUGCGCCGGAUCAAGCAGUUCCUGCAGAGCAGGUACUUGGAGAAGCCAAUGGAAAUCGCUCGCAUCGUGGCUCGCUGCCUGUGGGAAGAGUCCCGACUCCUCCAGACUGCUGCCACUGCAGCCCAGCAAGGGGGACAGGCAACACAUCCAACAGCAGCUGUGGUGACAGAGAAGCAGCAGAUGCUGGAGCAACACCUGCAGGAUGUCAGGAAGAGGGUGCAGGAUCUGGAGCAGAAGAUGAAAGUGGUGGAGAAUCUCCAGGAUGACUUUGAUUUUAACUACAAGACUUUGAAAAGCCAAGGAGACAUGCAGGACCUGAACGGGAACAACCAGUCGGUGACCCGUCAGAAGAUGCAGCAGCUGGAGCAGAUGCUGACGGCACUGGACCAGAUGCGCAGGGGCAUAGUGAGCGAGCUGGCCGGGCUGCUGUCGGCCAUGGAGUACGUGCAGAAGAUGCUGGCGGAUGAGGAACUGGCAGACUGGAAGAGGCGGCAGCAGAUUGCCUGCAUUGGUGGCCCACCCAAUAUCUGCCUGGACCGCCUCGAGAACUGGAUAACCUCUCUUGCUGAAUCGCAGCUACAGACCCGGCAGCAGAUCAAGAAGUUGGAAGAACUCCAGCAGAAAGUAUCCUACAAGGGUGACCCGAUUGUCCAGCACAGGCCCAUGCUGGAGGAACGGAUUGUGGAGCUGUUCAGGAACCUGAUGAAAAGCGCUUUCGUCGUGGAGAGGCAGCCCUGCAUGCCCAUGCACCCCGACCGGCCCCUCGUCAUCAAGACGGGUGUGCAGUUCACCACCAAAGUCAGGUUGUUGGUCAAGUUUCCAGAGCUGAACUAUCAGCUGAAAAUCAAAGUCUGCAUUGACAAGGACUCCGGGGAUGUUGCAGCACUUCGGGGGUCCCGGAAGUUUAACAUCCUGGGGACCAACACCAAAGUCAUGAACAUGGAGGAGUCGAACAACGGCAGCCUCUCUGCAGAGUUCAAGCACCUGACCCUGCGGGAGCAGCGCUGCGGGAACGGAGGCAGAGCCAACUGCGACGCCUCACUGAUAGUCACUGAGGAGCUGCACCUCAUCACCUUUGAGACAGAGGUGUAUCACCAGGGGUUGAAGAUCGACCUGGAGACCCACUCGCUGCCUGUGGUGGUGAUCUCCAACAUUUGCCAGAUGCCCAAUGCCUGGGCGUCUAUCCUGUGGUACAACAUGCUGACCAACAACCCCAAGAAUGUGAACUUCUUCACCAAGCCGCCCAUUGGGACCUGGGACCAGGUGGCAGAGGUGCUGAGCUGGCAGUUCUCCUCCACCACAAAGCGUGGCCUUAGCAUUGAGCAGCUGACCACGCUGGCAGAAAAACUGCUGGGACCAGGUGUGAAUUACUCUGGCUGUCAGAUCACCUGGGCCAAGUUCUGCAAGGAGAACAUGGCUGGUAAAGGCUUCUCUUUCUGGGUCUGGCUGGAUAACAUCAUUGACUUGGUGAAGAAGUACAUCCUGGCACUGUGGAACGAAGGGUACAUCAUGGGGUUCAUCAGCAAGGAGCGGGAGCGAGCCAUCCUGAGCACCAAGCCCCCGGGGACCUUCCUGCUGCGCUUCAGCGAGAGCAGCAAGGAAGGUGGCAUCACCUUCACGUGGGUGGAGAAGGACAUCAGCGGGAAGACACAGAUCCAGUCGGUAGAACCUUACACCAAGCAGCAGCUCAACAACAUGUCGUUUGCGGAGAUCAUCAUGGGCUACAAAAUCAUGGAUGCCACCAACAUCCUGGUGUCCCCGCUGGUGUACCUGUACCCAGACAUCCCCAAGGAGGAGGCGUUUGGGAAGUACUGCCGCUCUGAGAGCCAGGAGCACUCGGAAGCGACGGACUCAGGUAGCGCUGCUCCGUAUCUGAAGACCAAAUUCAUCUGUGUCACCCCCACCUCCUUCAGCAACACCAUCGACCUGCCCAUGUCCCCGCGCACCCUGGACUCACUCAUGCAGUUCGGCAACAGCAGCGAGGGCGCGGAGGGCAACUCGGGAGGGCAGUUUGAGUCGCUGACCUUCGACAUGGAGCUGACCCCAGAGUGUGCGUCCUCGCCCAUGUGAGGGGCUGUGCUGGCGCGCGGGGCCUCCCCGGGCUCGGCCUUCCCACCUCCAGAGAGGUCUCCUGGAUUUGUCCCACUCGGCCAUGGCUGCUCUGAGCCUGUCCUUGAGAGCAGCUGGGGGCCGGGUCUGUGCCCCCAGUUCCUUGCCUGCCCCAACGGAGCAGCCCCUCUUUGGGGUGGUGCCAGUUGUCUCUGGGGCAGGGGGAUGAACCUUUUUCUAUUUCCUUCCA